AUGGUCGGCAAGCUCGGCCUCUUCUCCCCCAACGAGACCAAGGAAGACGCCUCCACCGCCAACCUCAAGUACCUACUCGAGUUCAUCGCUCUAUGUGAAGUGCUGGAGCUUAUUCCAGAGGAUGAGCUAGAAUUAUCUAGACAGAAGCAACCUGAUACUAUGGCUAACAGAAGAGCACAGAAGGUUGCCCGGUUCAAACGUCAAAGGGCUUCAGAAACAAAGCUCCAAGAGAUCAAAGAGAGGAAAGAAAGGCGUGUACAUUCGUUGAGGGCAGCUGCUUUAUCUGCUCCUAUUGAAACUGGGGAGGAAGAUGAUCUGGAAGACGAUGGGGGAAGAAAGAGAGGCGUGGCUUUUGAUCUUCUUGACAUGCUGAAGAAGGAAGAAGAAAUGCUUCUAGCUGUAAAGGAAAGGCAAGCAAAGGACGGGAAUGCGUUUGCUCGUGAAAUGCUAGAUGAACGAACAAAGAAGGCUGAAGCAUGGCACCAUAAUGCUGCCAAACGUGUGCCAUAUUCCAAACCAGCUGAUCCAAUCACUUGCGCAACAUUAGCUCAAGACAUCCUCGAAGGUAGAGCGAGUGUCUCAGAAGCUCAUGAGCACAAACACCAGCCCCUGAUACUCGGACCUGCAAGCCUUGUUGGUGGGGGACUAACCAGUGGAAGGGAAAGAAUUGCAGCACAAGUUUUUCAGCCUGGUUACAGGCUGCCAACAAUGAGCAUAGAAGAAGCUGGUUUGCGGGAGAUGAAAAUGAUGGAGAAAUGGCAAGAAAGGACCGCCAAGAUGAUCGAAGAAGCCAACUCUGCCUGGCACAAGGAUGGCGCUAGUUGUUCGGCGCGAGAGGACGAGGAUGCCGGGGAGGAGAAAGCAAGAGCAUGGGACGACUGGAAGGACGACAAUCCUCGCGCGUGGUGCCGGCAAUAA